CCUUCAUAUUGGCCUCCGUGCCUCACUCCCCCCACACUGCUACUGCCGCUACUCAGUCCGUCUCCUCCUGCUCGUCCCCUUGAACACAGAAGAGAGCGCACAGAGCAGCUUGCCUGUCUUCGCACUGCGCUCUCUCCCUCCCUCCAGAAUCCUUCGAAUCUUUGGCUUCCCCUGUUCUUGCAUUUUGCGCGGAGUGGCUCUAGGCUCGUCAGCUCUUGGUCGCCUCCGUGUCCUCCGCCGCGUAAUUAGAUUCAUUUUUCAGGUGCUCGGCCUAUUUAUUUCUGCUGCCCCUCCCUGGCGGCCUGGCCCCUGGUGUUUCUGCGAGUCCGGGGCAUUAACUGCUGCUUGCUACCGGCAUUGAUCCGACUAUCCGAGCGAGCGUUGUGAGCUGGGCAAGCAGGCAGGCAGGUUGUGCAGGUUGGGUGAGCUGUGAGCACAAUAACAAGAGCUACCUUUCUCUUAGACAUUGAGAGGCUCGUGUAAUUUGCCUGUGGCUUUCGGCUUGUCUCUGACCCUGUUCCUGGCUUUCUGUUCCUGAAUCUUGCGGUUUCUGCUUCCUUCGCGCUUCCGUUCUUGAUCUUUCCCCCUGCCCCAACCACGUGAUUCAUUGUUUCGUCUUGUUUCCCAUCAAUGUCCUCUCGGGAUCCUGCCGUGGAUUCAUGUUUCUUUUGAGCUGCUGCCUGGACCGUUUCUGAGCCAGCGGAGGAAUUCCUGUGAAUUCACUGGUUCUUUUGCCCAUAGUUUGGAAUCUUCCUAACAAGCGUUAUAAAGGGGGAGAAGUAGAAUCCGUUCCCCAUUUCUUCUCUGGGAAACACUGUUCUUAGAGGGCCCAAAAGAGGGUCAUAAUCUGGAGGUUUUAGGAGGGGGGAAGCAUAUCUGGAGCUGCAUGAGGAAGCAUUGAGACAAUGAGAGAUGAGACUCCAACGAAGAACAGGUUGUCCUGGUCCAAGACAAUUGUUAGGAAGUUGUUCAACAUCAAAACAAAAGCGAAGAACUUCCAUUCAGAUUAUGGAGUUGAAGAAGCGGGGAUGCAGUGGAGGACCAGUUUCUCAGAGAGAGAUUUAUCCAAAACCAAGAAGAGCAGAACAGAGAGGUUGCCUAGGAAGAAUGCGGAUCGAGAUUGCCGAGUAGGAAAUGGAUUUGAUCGUGCUUAUAUCACAAACACGCAGGACUACAGGGUCUUUGCUGGUACAUGGAAUGUGGGUGGAAGGUCACCAUCUAGUCAUCUGAAUCUGGAGGACUGGCUUCAUACUUCUCCUGCUGCUGAUAUAUACGUCAUUGGGUUUCAAGAAAUUGUUCCUUUGAAUGCUGGCAACGUCCUGUUGACUGAAGACAAUGGUCCAGCAAAGAAAUGGGUUUCUAUUGUUAGAAAGACUCUCAAUAAUCAAGAUUUCCAUGGCUCUGCUGUGUACAACUACCACACGCCCUCACCGGUUCCUGAUCCUAUUGCGGAGCUCAAUGUUGAUUUUGAGCGAUCAUCAAGAAGACAACGGAACUCCUCAUUCUUCCAUCGACGUUCAUUUCAAUCCUUCAACCGAAGUUCAAGAAUUGACAUGAUGGAUCCACACUCAUUAGUGGACCGUCGUUUCAGUGUUUGUGACCGGAUUAGCUUUGGGAGCAGGCCAAGUGAUGUUGACACCAGUAUGAAAUGUGGUGGGUCAUCUGAUGAUGAGAAUAUGGACGAGGAAUCGCUUAGUGGUAUAUUCUUCUCACCAAUGCCAUCUGGAUAUGGUGCUCCACUAUGCACCGAUGACAAUAAUAGACGGCUGCUGAACUCUAGCAGGUAUUGCUUAGUUGCUAGCAAGCAAAUGGUUGGAGUCUUUCUCAUGGUUUGGGUGCGGAGUGAUAUAAGAGAGCAUGUAAAGAACUUGAAGGUAUCAUGUGUUGGCAGAGGCUUGAUGGGAUAUCUUGGAAAUAAGGGCUCGAUAUCUAUCAGUAUGUCUCUGCAUCAGACAAGCUUCUGCUUUGUUUGCACACACUUAACCUCAGGUCAAAAGGAUGGCGAUGAACUUAGAAGAAAUGCAGAUGUGGUGGAAAUUUUGAGGAAGACCAGAUUCCCACAUGUUCAUGGUGCACGUGAUGAGAAGUCGCCAGAGACAAUUCUUGACCAUGAUCGGAUAAUAUGGCUCGGGGAUCUGAACUACCGGAUAGCUCUUUCCUAUCGCUCAGUUAAGGCUCUAGUUGAGAUGCACAAUUGGAAACAAUUAUUGGAAAAAGAUCAGCUCCGUAUAGAGCAAAGAUAUGGUCGUGUCUUUGCAGGCUGGAAAGAAGGGAGGAUUUAUUUUCCUCCCACGUACAAAUACUCGUACAACUCUGACAGAUAUGCAGGUGACGAUAUGCAUCCAAAUGAGAAGCGAAGAACACCAGCAUGGUGUGAUCGGAUUUUAUGGUAUGGGAGAGGCCUAAAUCAGCUAUGUUAUGUCCGUGGCGAGUCUAGAUUCUCGGACCACAGACCUGUAUACAGUAUUUUCACAGCGGAGGUUAAACUACCGAGCCAAGCUCAAUUCGGGAGCUUUACCCGUUCUAGCUCCCUAAUGGGGGUGGAUGAACUACCACACCCAACUUAUCCACGCAGUUACACAGAUAUCAAUUUUUAUUGAUUUUGCAUCCCCAUGGAGCCAAGACAUUCCUUCGGUGCCAGAGCACACCAGAUGAACUUCGUUCUUCCCAAGAUUCCAGCAAUUGGAAUAUUUCCGGCCAACAGAUACUCAAGGAGAUGGUUUUCUUAAUUUCUAACCCUAAAAUUAGGAAGAUUUGUGCAUUUCUGCACAGUUUUGAACCUAACCAUCUGCAAGCACUGGUAUCGUGUGCAACCAAAAUACAGGAGAGUUUUAGUCCCCCGAAGAAAAUUAGCUAGUCACUAACAACUGAAGCUAAUACCCGGUCAAAAAAACAACUGAAGCUAAUUUGUGUUGUGCUUUUGGAUAUCCCUACCGUCGUGCAAAUUUCCUUUUCCUGAGCGAUUUGUACUCGGAAGGAAGGCUUGUCAUCCCUUUUGCUUUGAUCUCCUGAUGUAACAAGAGCCACUUGGCCCAAACAUUUUAGUGGAAAAAACCCACCACCAUAUUUGUACAGCAUACUGUCCAUGGAA